CUCAUGAGGACAAGAUCUGGUCAUUCACUGUAAAUAUUGACUUUCAUGCAUUUAAUUCCCAACAAGGAUACCGCUGUUUAUUCCUCCUGUUAGCCGAUUGGAUAAGCAAAGAUUACUCAUUUGGAUAUAUAGUCCUCGCAGGAACUCUAGUGUGAGAAGUGAAGACCAUGGACGCGGAACACCAGGCUUUAGCUGAGACCUACGAGGAGGCUUUUGAUCCUGCUGAGUACCUGCGGUACAACUACAGCUACCCACGUGCUGACUUCUCCAAGGAGGACACCUUCACCGUCUGGCUGCUGAAAACCCUGCACAGGGCUUUCACUGAAGGUGACAUCAAAGGAGGGGUGCUGCUGGACGUUGGUUCUGGUCCAACUAUUUACCAGGCGAUGGCAGCAUGCGAGAUCUUCGACAAGGUGAUCAUGAGUGACUUCCUGGAGGUCAACCGACACGAGCUGAGGAACUGGUUGGAGAACAAUGGGAAGUGCAGCCUGGACUGGUCUCCAUUCUUCCAGUACGCCUGCAAGCUGGAGGGACGAGAUCCGUCUGCAUGUGAAGAAAAAGCUGCACGGCUCAGAGAAGUGGUCAAAGACGUGGUCCAUGUGGACGUCCACCUCCCUCAGCCCGUGAGCCCAGAUGUGCUCCCCCCUGAAGGAGCCGACUGUAUUAUCUCCUGCUUCUGUCUGGACGGCGCCUGCCUCAACAUGUCCAUCUACUCACGAGACUUGGGCCACGUCGUGUCUCAGCUGAAGACUGGCGGACACUUUUUGAUCGUAGGCACCGUAGGAAUGACCUAUUAUUACGGUGGUCCCAAAGCAAAUCUCCCGACUUACCCCAUCACUGAGUCUGAGAUCUGCGAGCGGCUCAGAGAGAACGGCCUGAGUCUGAUCAGAUUGGAAAUUUACCCCCUACCCACCAAAGAGGAGACGACGGAUGAUUGCAGAGCCAUUUUUUUCGCCAAAGCCAAAAAGGAUUGA